AUGACGUUUAUUGCCCGUCUCUUGUCCAAGACCAAGCCGGUGCUGGUUCCAGGAAAGCUGUUGGUGUCGGAGCUCUGGUUCGAAGUCCCCCUCGACCACUCCAAACCCGACGGCAAGAAGAUCAAGCUCUUCGCCAGAACUGCGACCAAAUAUGAACGCCCAGUCGUGCCGCUACCCGCGGAUGACAAGUCCUGGCAGAAACCCUACCUACUCUACCUACAAGGCGGUCCCGGCUUUGGGAACCCUGCGCCCCAGGAUAGCACUCUUUCAACUUAUAUGCUGGAUAGGGGCUACGAGCUGCUCCUUCUUGACUACCGCGGCGUCGGCUUCAGCUGUCCCGUUUCGGCCAGCACGCUCAAGGAGGUUGGCGGUCCCAAGGAGCAGGCGGAGUACCUGAAGCAUUUCCGGGCGGACAAUAUCGUCCGGGAUAGCGAGGCUGUGCGCAAGUGCUUGACCAAGGACUACCCGCCCGAGAAGCAGAAGUGGUCCAUCUUCGGCCAAUCCUUUGGUGGCAUGACGGCCCUGACCUACUUGUCUUUUCACCCGGCGGGAUUACGUGAGGCCUUCAUCACGGGCGGUCUCGUCGCCUUGGAUAAGGGCCCGGAGGAGGUCUACAGCAUUACCUACCCGAGAGUCUUGGAGAGGAACAAGGAUUACUAUGCGAAGUAUCCGCAGGACAUCGCUGCUGUGAAAGAAGUUGCUGCGAAGAUUAUUGAAUUAGGCGGCGAAGACGGCAUUCCCAUCCCAGCGGGCCGACUCACAGUUCCGAGACUCAUGACCAUUGGACUCAAUUUCGGCAUGGAUGGCGGUAUUGAUCUCGUUCACAACAUGAUUCUCAAGAUGAAGGCCGACCUGGACCAGUUCGGGGUUUUUACGAAGGCGAGCUUGAGUAAGUUCAACCAGAUGAUCGAUUGGGACUCCGCACCGAUAUACAUCUUGCUCCACGAACCAUGUUGGUGCUAUGGUCCUGGCGUAGCAGGGAAAUGGGCAGCCGAGCGAGUGGGAAAAUCCCUCGACACCUUCCAGUGGCUCCAAGCCGACUGGGCGGGUCCCGAGUCAUUGAAAGAGGACGAGCCGCUUUGCUUCGCUGGGGAGAUGACGUACCCUUUUCUCCUUGACACCUGUGAGGAUUUGUCCGGGCUGAAGGAGACGGCGCAAAUACUGGCCGAAUUUGAUGAAUGGCCAUCCCUGUACGACGAGGCGCAGUUGCAGGAGAACAAAGUGCCCGUCUACGCGGCUAUCUAUAAUGAUAUGUACGUGGACCCGGAUACUUCGAGGGUGACGGCCAGGAAGGUCAAGGGGAUCAAGACAUGGGAGACAAAUGUGCACUACCAUGGCGCGGUACGGCAGAAGCCUCAAGAUGUAUUUAGGGAGUUGUUGAAUUUGAGGGAUGAUACAAUUGACUGA